AUGGACAAAUCGCCUGACACAAUCUCACCGACGAGCGCCGAUCCUGCCGUCGCUGGCAAUGCCCCCUCGAACCAACCCCCCAAAGCGCAGGCCAAGUUCCCCCCGCCAAAGACAGACAAGCCUCGACCGCACGUCUGCGGAACCUGCGGCCGUUCAUUCGCCAGAUUGGAGCACCUCAAGAGACAUGAACGCUCACACACCAAGGAAAAGCCAUUCGAGUGCCAGGAAUGCAAAAGAUGUUUCGCCCGUCGAGACCUGCUUCUUCGACACCAACAGAAGCUACACUUCACAAACAACCCCUCCAACCGGCCCAAGAACAACAGGCGCGAGAGUACUAGCGGACCCGUCAAUGGAGGCCGUGUAAGGAAAGGCUCAAUAGCCAAUGCCGGUAUCACUACCGGAACUGCAGGAGGAAGGCCCCGAGCAAACACACUUGGCCAUCUGGACCUAGGAUCCCUUGGGUUGAUGGGAGUCGUCUCUCCUGUUGAUGCACAAAGGCCAACUCAUGCCAGUAUGGCACACCACCGGAUGAGCAUGAGCAACGCACAACAGCGGCCAUCGAACCUGGACCUCAAUGGCAUCAACGGCAUGACACACCAUGGCAUGGGUCAACAAGACGGCUUUGAUCUCUCUCGUGUUGAUACCCAUACUUCUCAUAUAGACUUUGGUGAGCCUCUGACACACAUCCACACGGCGCCAGCCUACACAGGCAUGCAGGUACCCGACCUAGAACAACUCUUUACCCCAGGAGGAAAUACAGUGAAUCCCGCCCAGCUACACUUUGCUGCUUCGGCACCGCAGCCUAUAAACCUCCAAAACUUUCAUAUGAACCAGUUCGAUCUAUUUGGUCAAGGUGAUGACUUUGCUUGGAUGCGAGACUGGGACUCACAAUUGCAGUCGCACACCAACAACGAUGCGAUUGAUCAGUCGUCGCCAUCUCAGUUCAGUACUGCUAGUCAAAGUGGUUAUUCAGAGACUUUGGCCGACGGUCCUUUCCACAUCAAUGUAUCCCAGGCUGGCUGGAACCCCAAUGACAUGCAAGCUCUGAUGACCCCCGGAGCUUUGAAUCUGGACAUCCUCGGUACCGGUCUGCCAUCAAUUGAUCCUCCAAUGAAUACCAUAUCGCCUCAAAACUUGCUUGAUCCAUCCACAACUGACAGCAAGUUGGACACUCUCAUGAUGCACUCUGGCGUGCCUGACUCUCUAAGCGGUAUGCAUUUCAACCAAUUCCAGCAGUCAUCUCUUUCCAACUUUGAUUCGGAUAGCCCUAGCAUCUCCUCAUCGUCGGUACCAGAUAGCGCAAGGCAGAGCUCCGUAACGUCCAUCUCGACAGAUUCCAUCACAGACGCUACUCGUCAAGCUUUGCUCCUUAGUCUGUCGCAACAAUCCGCGUUCAGCCACAGAAAGUUUUCACAACCAUCCAUCAGUUCACCUCUAUCUCCGAGGCCCCAGGGACCGAGCCUCCCAUCUACUGCCGAUUUACAGCGCUACAUCAACGCGUACAUCCAGUACUUCCACUCCCACCUGCCGUUCCUCCACGUCCCCACACUAUCUUUCGACUCGCCUGAAUACAUGACCAAUCUGCGAAGCGCCGGUUCUCAGGCUUCGGCCAACCACAGUGGCGUGGUCGGAGGUGGGGGUUGCCUUAUUCUGGCAAUGGCUGCAAUUGGCGCUUUGUACGAGUAUGACCACCAGGCCUCGAAAGAGCUGUUUGAUUCCGCAAAGAAAAUGAUCCAGCUCUACCUCGAAGAGCGUCGCAAGGCCGACAUGUCUGCAGCUGUCAAUGGCGGCCAAUACUUUAGCCCGGAGAGCUCUUCCCACAACACACCACUGUGGCUGGUUCAGGCGAUGCUUCUGAAUGUCAUCUACGGUCACUAUUGUGGUGAUAAGACCGCCGCUGAUAUUGCGAGCAAUCAUUGUGCAGCCUUGGUCAGUCUAGCUCGUGCUGCCGAGUUGGCUCAUCCAGCUACAAACCAGGAUGGUUCCAGCGAAGUGAAAGAGGAGAGACCAGACAUUCACAUGGAUGACGGCUCUUCUCCAUUCCACGGUCACACAAACGUCCAUAUGCAAUGGUUGAAGUGGAAGGAGGCAGAGGAGCGCAAACGAACACUUUUCGCCAUUUUCAUCCUCUCCAGUCUGCUUGUUAUUGCAUACAACCAAACACCGGCUAUCACCAACUCUGAGAUUCUCCUUGCGCUACCCUGCGAUGAAGAGCUCUGGACGGCGGAUAGUGCUCGGGAAUGGGCUGCCAGAGGAGGCGCUCAAGCAGCUGAAGCCAAUGCCACGUCGUUCUCUGCAGCACUGAGCGAUCUUUUAACGGCCAACCAGAGACAACAAAACGUGUUUGGCUACAGCCGAUACAGUCCAAAUGGUGACUCUCAUGGAUUGAGUACCCAGCUUCGACCAAGCACAUUUGGAUGUCUGGUCUUGAUCAAUGCUCUCCAUAACUACAUCUGGGAGACCAGAAGCAGGCACAUUGGACGCCAAUGGACAGCGCAAGAAACCGAUUCCAUGGUAGCCCACAUUGAGCCGGCAUUGAACGCAUGGCAAGCUGCAUGGAAGGCCAACGACCGCCACAAGUUGCAGCGUCCCAACCCCUUCGGUUUGGGCCCAUUGGCAGCCGACAGCAUUCCACUAUUGGAUCUGGCAUUUGUGAGACUGUUUGUCAAUCUCGGACGUUCAAAGGAGGCUUUCUGGCAGCGCGACUUCGAGGCCAUGUCAGAAGAAUUGGCCAGCGGGAUUGACAUCGCCCAAACAGGCUCUCCUGACAACUCGUCGAACGGUUCAUCUGGAAGCUCGCCAGACUUCCCCCAAGCUGCUUACAACCACGGCCAAAUGCAAAUCUCAGGACACAGCUCUAAGCGCGAACGCCACCUGCGCAAAGCUGCUUUCUAUGCAGCUGACUCGUUGGUCAUCUCGUCCAAGUGCAACCUGACGUUCGCAGAUUCCUCUGCUCACGAAUUGCCAAUUCAAUCAGCUAUCUGCUUCCUCGACUGCGCCCAAGUCCUGGCCGAAUGGGAGACCACUGUUCAGGAACGCAUUGGUCGAUACGUCGGCGUGCUGGGUCAAAUUGAUGUGGAUUAUAGUCAAGUGCCUGCUGUUAUGCUGCUCGACACUGAGGACGUAGAGCUCUUGAAGAAGAUGGAAAGCAUCUGCAACGUCAUGGAGGAGAAGAUGGCUCUACAAGCCAAGAUGUUGGCCCACGAGAUGGACUCUCUGGAUCCCAAUGGAACAAUGGGCAUCCCGUCUUCAUUGGCCAGACUCAAUGGAUUGUCGAAAUGCGGAUUGGGAAGUAGAAUCUUGCGCAUGACUGCGCAGAUGCUUGAGAAGGCGGCUGUCUGGCCUGUCACCCAUGUAAUGGCCAGUGCUCUGGAAACACAGGCAAACCACGCCGAUCACCGCGCCGAUUCCUCUAUCACCGCCUAA